GCGGGGCACGGACGGACAGACAGACAGACGGGCACAGCGGGACACGCGCGCACGCCCCGCCGCCAUGGAGCGCGGCCGGCAGCGGCAGGAGCCGGCGGAGGAGCGCGUUCAGGAGCCGUGGUUCCAGCUGCCUGCAGAGGUGCAGCACAGCUGGCACAGCUGGAUGCUGCCCCAGCUGGGGCUGGGCUGUGCCAGCAGGGACCUGUCUGAGCUGGAGGAGGGGCUGCUGUCCUCAGCUGAGGCUUCUGGAGCUGCAGCCCCUGCCUCACCCCUGGAUGUCCAGGAGAGCAGAUUCUCCCCCUGCCUGCCCCUGCUGCUGAGCCCAGCUGCUGCUGAGUCCUUCCUGCAGGGAUCCCAGCUGGAUUUCCUGCCCUUGAGAGCAAUCCCAGACGUUUCUGGAGCAUCCCUGGAUGGUUGUGAGCCUCCCCAGCUGCCUGGGGCUGCAUCCCUGCAGGGCCCAGCCCUUCCCAGUCCAUCCCAGUAUGGCCAGCCCAGGGGUCCUGGGGAGCAGCACAGCUGGAGCACAGCUGGGAGGGAUGGGCCCUGCCCUGGCCCUGAGCUCCCAGAGGGGGACAGGGAGUCCCCAGGGCAGGGGGAACCUUCAUCCUCAUCCUCAGGGGGCUCCUCCUGUCAAACUGCCCUGGCCAGGGUCUCAGGGGGCAGCUGCAGGGGGGGGCAGCAGCAGCUGGGGGAGCCUGGGGGGGCAGCAGGGGCCAGGCUGGGGCCUGGGGGCUGA